CAAAGUGCGUCCCGGCUUCCGUCAUCCCGACCGCCUCUUCAGUUCGCUUCCUCUGCCCGCGUUGGCGACUGACUGCGCCGAGACGCGGCGCGCAGCUUUUCGUGUUUGUUCACGAACAACUCGAGGCGCGGCGAUUCGGCGAGCUGCUCGGGGCAGGUGCCCGAGAAGCCGGGACAGCCAUGUCGGACAGUGAAGGCAGCAACUCCUCGGACAACGAGGAGCAGGAGAGCUUCCACGGCAGUGAGGCCGAAGAGGCAGAGGAGGAUGAACCCUCAGAGAAGGGCAGCGUUACUGGCAGCGAUAAGGAAGGAGAAGGAGAAGGCGAGGACUUGGUAGAUGAAGACGAGUAUGAUGAGGAGGAGGAAGAGGAUGAGGAGUCGGGUCGGACAAGGAAGAAACCUCGUCACAGCCAGUUCAUCUUGGAUGAAGCUGAUGUCGAUGAUGAAUAUGAGGACGACGAACAGUGGGAAGAGGGAGCAGAAGACAUCCUUGAGAAAGCCACAAACAUUGAUGAUGUUCCGAUUCGAAAUGAUGACAAUUCUGGUGCGCGGAGGUUGCAGAACCUAUGGAGGGAACAGCGUGAGGAGGAAUUGGGUGAGUAUUACAUGAAGAAAUACGCCAAUAGCUCAACUGGAGAACACUAUGGAGUUGGUGGUUCCGAUGAACUAUCAGAUGACAUUACUCAACAGCAACUUUUGCCUGGAGUCAAGGAUCCCAAUUUGUGGACAGUGAAGUGCAAGCUUGGCGAGGAGCGAGCCACAGCCAUUGGACUGAUGCGGAAGUUCAUUGCUUACCAGUUCUCUGACACUCCAAUGCAAAUCAAGUCGGUGAUAGCCCCGGAGCACCUGAAGGGCUACAUCUACAUCGAGGCCUACAAGCAGACCCAUGUGAAGCAGGCCAUCGAGGGAGUCGGGAACCUGCGCAUGGGCUUCUGGAACCAGCAGAUGGUGCCCAUUAAGGAGAUGACGGACGUGAUGAAGGUGGUGAAUGAGGUGACCAACCUCAAGCCCAAGUCCUGGGUGCGGCUCAGGAGGGGAAUCUUCAAGGAUGACAUUGCGCAGGUGGAUUAUGUCGAGCCCAGUCAGAAUACCAUUGGGCUGAAGCUCAUCCCACGCAUUGACUAUGAACGCAUCAAAUCCCGCAUGAGCAUGAAAGACUGGUUUGCCAAGAGAAAGCGCUACAAGAGGCCACCACAGAGACUCUUUGACGUCGACAAAAUAAGGUCUUUGGGAGGCGAGGUGACGUCAGAUGGUGAUUUUCUGCAGUUUGAAGGAAACAAAUACACCCGAAAGGGUUUCCUCAUUAAGGGCUUCGCCAUGUCGGCUGUGAUCAUUGAGGGAGUGAAGCCGACGCUGUCUGAGCUGGAGAAGUUUGAGGAUCAGCCAGAAGGAGUCGAUUUGGAGCUCGUCUCUGAAGCUAAGGGUAAAGGUGAGAAGGAUCACAACUUCCAGCCUGGAGACAACGUGGAAGUGUGCGAGGGAGAGUUGAUCAAUCUGCAGGGCACAGUGCUCAGUGUCGAUGGCAACAAAAUCACAAUCAUGCCCAAGCACGAAGACCUCAAGGACCCGCUCGAGUUCCCAGCGCAUGAACUGCGCAAGUACUUCAAGAUUGGCGACCACGUGAAGGUGAUCGCGGGCCGAUACGAGGGCGACACAGGACUCAUCGUGCGUGCAGAGGAGAACUUUGUCAUCCUCUUCUCUGACCUCACAAUGCACGAGCUCAAGGUGCUGCCACGUGACCUGCAGCUGUGCUCGGAGACGGCGUCGGGCGUGGACUCGGGCGGGCAGCACGAGUGGGGCGAACUGGUGCUGCUUGACCCACAGACCGUGGGCGUCAUUGUGCGCCUGGAGAGGGAGACCUUCCAGGUGCUGAACAUGUAUGGCAAAGUGGUAACGCUGAAGCACCAGGCGGUGACGAAGAAGAGAGACAACCGGCACGCUGUGGCUCUUGACUCGGAGCAGAAUAACAUCCAAGUGAAGGAUAUCGUCAAGGUUAUUGAUGGUCCCCAUUCGGGCCGAGAGGGGGAGGUGAGGCACCUGUACCGCAGCUUUGCGUUCCUGCACUCAAAGAGGCUUGUGGAGAACGGAGGCAUGUUCGUGUGCAAGACUCGGCAUGUGGUGCUGGCUGGUGGGGCCAAGCCGAGAGAUGUGACCAACUUUUCAGUCGGGACAUUUGCCCCCAAAAGCCCUCGCCUCGCCAGUCCCAUGCAUCCCAGCGGAGGAGGAAUGCAGAGAAUGCAGCAGAACAUGGGCCGUGGGAGAGGCCGCAGAGACACGGAGCUCAUUGGGCAGACGGUGCGCAUCACCCAUGGCCCUUACAAAGGAUACAUUGGUGUGGUCAAGGACGCGACGGAGUCGACCGCUCGUGUUGAGCUGCACUCAACGUGCCAGACCAUUUCAGUGGACAGGACCCGCCUCCAUUCUAUGCGGGAUGGGAUCAGGAGGACUGGCCAGACAUCCACGUAUGGUCGCACACCCAUGUAUGGCUCCCAGACUCCGAUGUAUGGGUCUGGCUCACGCACGCCAAUGUAUGGAUCGCAGACGCCCCUGCAUGAUAGUGCCGGCAACAGGACGCCGCACUAUGGCUCCCAGACACCACUGCACGAUGGGAGCCGUACACCGGGACAGAGUGGAGCCUGGGAUCCCAGCAAUGCUAACACCCCAUCCAGGCAAGAUGACGAUUUUGAGUACACAUUCGAUGAGCCGUCACCGUCUCCACAGCCCUAUGGGGGCCAGUCCACACCGCAGACGCCAGGGUACACAGAUGUGCCCUCCCCUCAAGUCAACACCACCUACAACCCGCAGACGCCUGGCACACCGGCCCUGUACAACACGGAUCAAUACUCCCCGUACCCGACGCCCUCGCCGCAGGGCUCGUACCAUCCGACGCCGAGCCCACAGAGUUUCCAUCCAGCACCCAGCCCCAUGGGUUACCAGAACACGCAGUCACCUGCCAGCUUCCAUCCGACUCCAUCUCCCAUGGCAUACCAGUCGAGCCCCAGCCCGAGCCCGCUGGGCUACAGCCCCAUGACGCCGGGCGCAGGCUCGCCAGCCGGAUACAACCCGCUCACGCCAGGCUCCGCCAUCGACCCCAGCACGGCCGAUUGGCACACCAUCGAUAUCCUAGUGGGCGUGCGCGACAGCUCGCCUGAUACCCAGCUUGUGGGGCAGAAGGGAGUCAUACGCAGCAUCUCGGGUGGAAUGUGCUCAGUUUACCUCCCUGACAGCGACAAAGUAGUGAGCAUUGCCAGUGACCAUCUAGAGCCAGUUAUCCCUGCAAAAUAUGACAAGGUCAAGGUGAUCCUGGGCGAAGAUCGUGAAGCAACUGGGACUUUAAUCAGCAUCGACGGAGAGGAUGGCAUCGUUCGCAUGGAGCUGGACAACCAGCUGAAGAUCCUCAACCUGCGCUUCCUGGGAAAACUGGAGACCUAACCCAGCCGUGCCCCCACACCGAAGCAGGCGGCACAUCGGUUUGUGAACAUAGAAAUGUGAGUGGGUCAUAGCCCCACAAAUGUUUAGGUGGUCCCCACUCUCUCCCCAACUGUUCCGAUUCUUACUUAGUGUUGCAAUAACAAAGGACAUGUGAUUGUGACCGCAUUUCAGAAGCACUUCCUUGCAAUGCACCAGUAAAUCUGAUAAAGAGCAUUUUUGGAAGGUAUUGUCCAGCUUUUUGGACAAUACAUGGCCACACUUUUUUAAAACUCAUAGUUAUGCCUGAUUUUUUUCUUUUUCAGAGCUUAUAUUUUUCAGAGCCAUUAUAAUGCAGUUUCAAAAUAUGCUCUUGUAAUAUUUUGAUUUCUUACCUGGUCUUGUAUUAAAUUGCAAAUGUAUACAAUGUACGGAUUAUGGUAUGGACAGUCCUAAGGCCACACAUUCUAUUCAAAUCGACUUUGUCAACUCAUGUUCAUCUAAUUGCUUGGGUUGUCCAAAUUCCCAACUUAUGUGUUUAUGUAUUUGUGGUUGAUAUGCACCACGGAAUAUAGCUCCACAACUUUUUUCAUUUUACCCUUAUUGUACACGAGACAUAAAUAUGUUCAGAGUGGGGUGAGUGGGAACAUGGUUGUUGUAAAGACUAAACAGUUGGCAAACUUGUUUAUAAAACCUAUCCGAGCAUGUUUGCCAAAAGGUCCUUGUUUGAUAAAUUUAUGUUCAGAGCUUCAACAUUUUGAUUACAGCUUUGGUCGUGACCUUGCUUGUUUAACAAGCACUGAUCUUAUGUUGAAGCAGAAGUAUUUGUUCCUUUGAAUAUUGCUUGCUUUCAAGUUCAUUUGUGUUUGCAUCAAAUCAUUGCAAGGCACAUUAACAUUUAACGUGUGAACAUUUCUCUUUCUAUUGCCAGUUUGAUAUUAAGAUAGAAUACUUGUCUUGAUGAAAGCCUAAUGGGAAAACCUGCAGUCGAAGACAUAACAAUGAUGCAAUUAUCAGUGGUAUGUUGCAUUUUAAUUGUUCUCAGAAAUGUCACCAUACAGUUCAUAAGGGAGUACAUAAUUGUGUAAGUUACAGUAAUUACAUUUGGGAAGCAUUAUUCUAAACAAAUAUAAACUGAAAGCAUGGUCCACUUGCAUUAUGGUUCAUCUCCCAGAAACAGUGCCUGCUGAAAAGAUGCCAUUUGUUAGAAUGAGAUACAUUCAAUGAAAGUACGUUGCAAAAUAGUUCGUGUCAUUACCGAAAAGUACACAGCAAUAGUUUACCCGGAAGAUAGAACAGUUUCUGUAAAUGUUGCAGUGCGACUAAAACCGAACUAAAUUUCAAUGUCCAGUUUAAAUUAUCAACUAACCAUUGUAGAAUUUGGUGCCAUUUUAUUUUAGAAUAGUCUUGUAUUUAGAGCUGUAAUUCACAUGAUUUUUCUUUUGACAUGUAAUCGUGUGCUCUGUUAUUUGCUUAUAGUGUACCAGUGGUAGUAGCCAUUAACCCUACGUGUAAUGUUGUUAAAAUACAGCAUUUGUCACAGAAGUUGCAACAUUGUAAAAUUCGUCCCGAUACUGUUUUAAAGCAAGUACAGUAAAGUGCUUUGGCCGUCUAAUAUGUUGAACAUGGUGAGCUGUAAUUAACCUUGGUUAAGUCUGUUCACUUAUAACUCUGGAUGUAUAAUAAAACAAUAAAACACAUCAUGACAAGCGG